UGUUGGCUUUGAUCAACUUCUUACAGCUUAUAUGCCAGCAAAGCAGUUGCCUUACCAACUAGUUGGGGUCUUGGCUUCAACUGGUAAUUUUGUAUUGUUCCAUUACCAUUAUAUGCUCCUCUCGUUAACUAGAAGUGAUUACAGACUUUUAAGGAGAGGGUUAUGUUUGCAUUAUCAAAUACCUGUACCCGUUCUCUAUGGAGUUCUUAUUAUUCUAGAGGAAGUUAAAAUGGGUUUUCUCAAGUUGGAGUUCUUCGCAGGGAUGAUGGGAACUCAGCCCAUACCCACUGUGCUUUACAUUCCAACUGUAUUAAUGUGUGUAGUACUAUUAAAAUGGAAAUUUAAGUUGUCUACAUCUGAGUUGUGUAGUAUGAGAUAUGUUAGCUGGAAUUGUAAGAGCAAACUGUUCUCAACAAUCCUAUGGAGUAGGAAAAGGAGUGAUGGUACUAUAUGGCUUGUCGUCAAGCUACCGGGAGCACCUGGCUAUAUAAGUGGUUGUCGUGUGUUUCUUGAUAGUGGGAAAAUACAUGAAAUUAUAUCAGGGAAUUCUCACUAUUGGAAUUUUUGGGGUGCAGAUGAUAGUUUGUUGCAACUUCCACUUAGUUUAGCUAAUGCUACAAGGGUCCUUAAUUCUGAAUUGUUGAAAGUUAACGCAGGGGUACUUAGACAAGACGCGAAGGGUCGUUUGUAUCUUUUGGAAAUUUGGUUGUUGCACUUUUUGUGGCCUUCAUCUGAGGUUUAUGAGGGUCAUUCGGUUCACGAGAGAAUUAUAUUGGUAUAUUCUGAUCCCACUUGGAACUGUUUGCACUUGUUUCAUUGUGCUCAACAUCCUAGUUCUUGUUUGUUCAGUUUUGAUUUUAUUCAUUAUUAUAGAUCGACAAGGCCCCCUGUAAGGAUAGUGGGAAUUCUUGUAGUGAUUAUUACAACCCACUUUACAAUUGAAUUGAAGUUUAUCGAUUAUUCGAGGUGGAAAUACAGAUGGGUUCCAACUAGUUUGUGGAGUGUGAGAAUCGUUGGCUGGGUUGGUAACAUUUUUAUUUCGGUGGUGUACCUCGGCCUUAACUGGAAUGACAAGAGAAAUUUUCUCUGCGAAGUUGUAGCCUAUAAUCAAGUUGCGGCAAUUCUUCACAUGAUGAUGUGGCUGGAUUAUCUGAAAUGGAAGUUCAAAUUCUUUUCAACUGUAUUAUGGAGUGUGGAAGGUGCCAGCGAGAUUUAUGACGUUCAGGGUAUAAAGCAACUGGUGGAACAUGAGAGGAUGUCAACCAAGCUCCAACAAAACUUUAAGUGGCAAGUACAUGUUGUACCAUUUCAGAGUUGCACUUUAACAAAAGCCAAAGGAGGUGAUCUUAAAGUAAUACAUGCAGACUUGAUGAAAAAUUCCAAGAAGAUCAUUGGUUAUGCAACAACUGUUGUAACUAAUAUGGUAGUUCAGUUCAGUCUGGGAAAUAUCGACUACAAACAACGACAGUUUACCUUAGUUAAGGAAAAAGAGAUGGUAGUGCUACCAGGGAGUGAAGAGAAGCUACCAAUCUAGAUGUUUUCAAGCAAUCAUCCUUCUUACCAGGCG